AUGGCCGCCUGCCCAUGGGGCCAUGUAUGUGGCUUCCUGCUGCUGUUGCUGCUGUCAUCCCUAGGGGCUCGCCCUGCCCUGGGCAGGGGCCUUCCUAGGCCACUUGACCACUCAGAAACCCACCUGAUCCCAGGAGCCCACUCCAAGAGCCCCAUGGGCUCGGAGCCCCAGGCUUUUGACUUCUUCUGGGAGACCCACAGAGAUGAGGGUCCCUGGAACUCCGAUGCCCCCCAUGCCCUUGCUGAAGAGAUGCCUGAGAAGCCUGUAGCCUCUAACCUUGGCCCAGCCCUGCAUGGGCCCAGAGCAGACCAUGGGGUUCAGAGAGAGCGACUUCCAGUGACUGAUGACCUCCAGAUGGCUCGAGGGCCAAGCUCCCAUGGCUGGACAGGAUCUCCUGACUCACAGGAGCCCCUGGAGCAGGAAGCACUGGCUCCCCAUCCCGUGGGGCCCCCUCAUCUCACUUUCAUCCCCACAACUCCUAGACUCCAACUCCGGGGAGCCACAGUUCCUCCCUCCCUGGAACCUGGAGGCCAAGUGGGACAGCGACCACCUAGAGAUGAGGGUCUGAAGGCCAAAGCCAAGACCAGGAUCCCGCACCCUUCUCCCUUGGACCACCAGGGCCCUCCCCCCACUCUUGUGUCCCACUCAGGCACUGUCAGGAGGCCAGUGCUGGAAGAACAGGAUGGGCUUCAGGAGGACUUCCAGGAGGCAGCUCAAGGCCCCCUCUUCACCCAGCAGGAGCCGGCAGCCCAUGGUGUUGGUCCGAUAUCCCCAGUUGAGGUGGCGUCUUCUCAGGAGCCUGGGACUCAGCCAGACUUGGCCUUGUCCGGAAGCCUUCCUCCUGCUGAGGAGCUGCCGCUGGAGCCCCCCAGGAAGGCUGGAGCUGGGGAGACCUGGGAAGUCAGCUCCCCAGGUCUUCCACCCAAGCAGGCUGACCUCCCUGAUACUAAGGACUCACCAGGCCCCCAACCCGCAGGUCCGCCCAUCUCAGAGGCUCCUGAUGGCCCGCCCAAGCAAGAGAUAGCUGAAAUAAAUGGAGCAGAUCCCAUCUCCCCCCAGCGGGUGAGAGGAGCAGUGGAGGCCCCGGGCACCCCCAAGUCCCUUGUCCCUGGUCCCUCAGACCCUGGCCCAGCUACAAAUGGAACAGAGAGCCCUGUGGGGGCCCUGCAGCCAGGUGAGGGCAUGGCCGGGGGUUGGGGGAAAGGGCAUACUUUGUCCAACAACCAAAAACAUGUGACGGGUAUAUGGAGGGUGGGGGGUGGGGAGUGAAUGGGGACACAUGCCUGCUUAAAGGAAUUGGCCAGGACCUUCUUCAAGCACCUUAGGAUAAUAAACU